GUUUUCAGAAAUCAGUCGGGCAGCAAGUGUCGUGGUUCAAGUGCGGCUAAAAUACAAGAUUAAGAUACAAAUUAAAACAGCAAUUGCUGCUGAAUAAACUCUUGUUAUUAAUUAUAAAUUAAAAACAAACUGAAAAUAAAAAAAUAUAUAUUUCAAUUAAAAAAAUAACAAAACACUUAAAUUAUAAUAUUUUUUGUGAUUUUCACAAUGUUUUGAUGGCUUGGUAGUAAACUAUCAAAACUGCAAUAAGACCAAAUUGUGCAGUGUUAAAUAAUCAAACUAAAUUCUAAAUCGGCUAACCAAAAUAGUGCUAAAAGUCCCAGAUAAAAAAAAACAAACAAAACGAAUUCAUAAAGGGAAAUCCUUGGAAAAUAACCAUCAGUGUUUCAAAAGUGUUCAAAUUUUUACAAUUGCGCCAAAGCAUCAGCAAAAUCAGCGACGCUCUUCUGCAAUCAUUGGGAAAUUCCAAGAAAAUUGGAAGAAACAACAGUAAAGUUGAGGCUGAGUCAAUUUCAAGCAGCUGAAGGGCGAAGAAGCAACUGCAGGCAGCAACAUCUACAAAGAAGCAAGCUGCAACAGAGAGGCAAAACUAAAUCAGAUCAUAGGAAUCUUGUGGAACAGCGGCAGCGGCGUUAACCAGCAGCAGCAACAUCUUUUAGCUCCGUCCAUGGGCGCCGCGGCAUAUAGAGUCCGGUGAAAAUGGACAAAGGCCGCGCGAGGCUGCCGCCGAAUUAACAGAGAAUCCGGAAAAUCCACACACGGACGGGCAGUGCAAAUAUUUGCCAGGCUAUCACAAAAAAAAGAACAAGAAAACACACACCCAUACACACACACACACACCUAACAAAGGGAAAGCAUUUGAACGACAAUAGCCAAGGAAUUAGCCACAAAAGAAGGAGCAACCGGGUCCAUUAAGACAGUCACAACCCCAUAAGAUCCCAUACCGGCUAGACGAGGUCCACUUAAAUGACCGAAUCCACCCAGCUCCAGACGGCGGAGAACAACAACGCGGGCGUGGUCAAAAUGGAGCCCCCGCCGCCGGCGACCUCCUCCGUUUCCGUAUCCGCCGCCGCAGCCGCCCACGCCCUGUCCUCCCUCUCCUCGCUCUCGAUGGCUGCCACCGGAUCCGCCCUCUCGCCGGCCACGCCCCCGCCCUCCUUGAAUCUCUCACAUCAGCAGCACUCGCAGCAGCACCAGCAACAUUACGCCCUCAAGUGGAACGACUUUCAGACCUCGAUCCUCAGCUCUUUUCGGCAUUUGCGAGACGAGGAGGACUUCGUGGACGUGACGCUGGCCUGCGAUGAGCGCUCCUUCACCGCCCACAAGGUUGUCUUGAGCGCCUGCAGCCCCUACUUCCGACGGCUGCUCAAGGCCAAUCCCUGCGAGCAUCCGAUCGUCAUCCUGCGCGAUGUGCGAUGCGACGAUGUUGAGAAUCUGCUGAGCUUUAUGUACAAUGGUGAGGUGAAUGUGAGCCACGAACAGUUGCCCGACUUCCUGAAGACCGCUCACCUGCUGCAGAUUCGUGGUCUGGCGGAUGUCAAUGGUGGCUAUCCCUACUCCAAGGCCCUGUCCGCCGCCUUGAGUCACAGCAACAACAGCAGUACCGGCAACAACAACAAUAACAAUAGCAGCAACAGCCUGAGCAACAACAACAAUAACAAUAACAAUAUAGCCGAGAGCAGUAAUCACAACAAGAUCAGCAGUUACUUGCCGCCCAACCAAACCAGCGCCUCCAGCAACAACAAUGGCAGCAGCAACAACCACAGCAGUGGCGGCAACAACAGCAGCAGCAACAACAACAACAGCGGAUCCCUAAACAGCAGCCUGAGCUCCCCAUUCAGCGCGCCACAAAUACCGCCACCGGUCACCGCCUCGAGUGCAGCGGCCGCAGCAGCAGCAGCUGCCUCACUCACCGCCGCCGUGGCAGCAGCAGCGGCAGCCACAGCCAGCAGUGGCAGCACCAGCGGUCAGACAAGCGGUACGCCCGCCAUUCAGGAGCUGAAGGCAUCGUCGGCAGCGUCGCCCGCCAGCAGCAGCAACCACUGGGACAUGGGUGAGAUGGAGGGCAGCCGGAAGAGCCACCUGACGCCGCCGCCACAGAAACGCAUCAAGAGCGCCGAUUUGUUCCGAGCCCAGCAUGGCAUCAGUCCAGAGCGAUUGCUGCUGGACCGCGAGUUUCCCGUGGCCGGACAGCAUCCUCUUACUCGGAACAGGAGCGGUCGCGAUACUUCCAAGGACCGCGAGCGCAAUAUGGAAUUGAGGGAAUCGUUACUGGGGCAGGCAUUGGAAAAUAGCAACGGACAACAGGCCAAUCAGAAACACGAUCUCGGUCAGAGCGCGGGCGAAGAUUCGAACAGCAGUGAUACAGAGCCCUCGGACCGGGGCGAUGGUCAGCACGAUGGAACCCUCGAUGGCAUCGACAAUCAGCGCUCGCACUCGUUCCCCAAUGCAUUCCUUGGCCUCCAGGGCAUUCCCGGCCUUCUGCCAGGACCCUCCGGCAUCAACAGUGAUUUCGUUUCCCGACGCUCCUUGGAAAUGAGGGUUCGCGCCACAGAUCCUCGUCCUUGUCCCAAAUGCGGAAAGAUCUACCGAUCCGCCCAUACACUGCGCACCCAUCUGGAGGACAAGCACACCGUGUGUCCCGGCUAUCGAUGCGUGCUCUGCGGCACGGUGGCCAAGUCCCGAAACUCUUUGCACUCGCACAUGUCACGCCAGCAUCGUGGCAUCUCCACCAAGGACCUGCCCGUCCUGCCCAUGCCCAGCGCAUUUGAUCCAGAUCUGGCCUCGCGCCUACUAGCCAAGGCAGGCGUCAAGAUAUCUCCAGCGGAGUUGAGGGCCAGAGCCUCGCCCACCGGCGGUAGUGGUAGCAGCGGCGGAGGUGCUGGAGGUGGCAGCGGUCAGGGCAAGUUAGAUCUGAGUAACGCCAGCGGUGGACCUUUGGAUGACGCCGAAGACUCUGAUGAGGACCCCGAGGAUUUGACCACGGGCAACGGUCUGUAUGGAAUGGGCGGAAGCAGCAGCGAUUUAAGCCGCUACCAUGAAAGUCUGCUAAGCAAUUUCGGACAUGCCAGGAUGCGAAAUGAAGCGGCUGCUGCUGCGGCCACUGCAGCUGCUCUUGGUCAACCGAAAGACUUGGGCGUCCAGAUGCCAAACAGCAAUGCGGCGGGUCAAUCCCUGCUGGACACAUAUCUGCAGUUCAUCACAGAGAACACAUUCGGCAUGGGUAUGUCCCAGGAGCAGGCAGCAGCUGCAGCUCUGCGCGCCAAGAUGGCCCAGUUAAAUGCUAUGGGACACAGUCUAGACAGCUUACCGCCGGGACUUCUCCCUGGACAGUUUGAUCUUAGCAAGCUAGCCGCCGGAAAUCCCGCCUUUGGACAGAGCGGACCCGGACUGACCAUAGAGCCUAUACUGCGACACGAUCAAGCUGCGGGAAGCCUCUCGCCCAAUACCCACAGACCACUGGCUCUUAACUCGGGCGGCAGGAUGAUGGGCCACGAUGAAAUGGCGGACCACGAGGGCGAUAUAAGACGCGAUGGGUCGGAACCAAUGGAUCUGGGCCUAGACAUCAAUCAAUCGGGCAGCAACCAUGAGGUGGCCAACUCCGAUGCCGAGGAGAAUUACUCGGAGGACGAGGGAGUACACAACACAUAGGAGGAGCCAGAGAUUCCAGCGAGGGAACCACGAAUAUGAACAUGAACAGUUGUAUACCGAUUACCCAUGGAACAUAUGUAACGAGUAGCCUUAUCCUCAUGUAUACCAGUUUAUGUGUACGAUACGAUACAAUACGAUAGUGAAACCUAGGACUAAAAUCAUAUUUGUGCCGCUGCCAGAGCUGGCCUAGUAGAAUUCUAUGUUGUGCUUUUAAACUACCUAACUAUACAGAUAUCUAUAUCUACCUAUAUAUAUAUAUAUAUAUAUACCCCUAUACACAAACAUAUAUAUUUAUAUACACAAGUACCUGCUGUGUAUACAAAUCGAUGAGAAAGAUAGGAAGGGAGAGACCCCCACGACAGCCCAUCCUGCAUGAAAAAUAAUUUGUAAUGGUAGUCUAGAAUAAGAUAGUUUUCACAUUGAAAGAGAGCCUGUAAAUAUAUAAGAAUAUUCCUGUUAGACCAGCAGCAGCAGACCCCAAACGAUCCGUCGCAUUUAACACUUACGUAUGUUAGUAUUGUACCAAACGCCAGCAGAUAAUUCAGAUGUGCCAUGCAUGCCACAGCCUUCCAGUUCCAAGUCUAGCCAGUCGUCCAUUGAUUCACAGUUGUUACCAUAUCUCAGGAACACUCGCGGACGAAUCCGAACAACUCAACCGAACUACCUCAACCAGCGAAAGAGUUAAACACAAACGAACCUUGAAGCAAACCUCAAAACUACCAUGAGUUGUGACUGGUCCUGUACUCCAUCUCCAGGAAUCUUGCCAAUUUUCAACAGCAGAAAUCUGCUAGUAGAUUUAGUAUCCUUAGGGGAUCAGAAAACAAGAAAUUGAUUAUUUAUACAACCUACAUACAUACGGUAUACAGUGCACACUCGGUAUACGUAUUUACAUUUAUAGAUACAAACAAACAUACAUAUGAAUGCCUGUACUUAUUUGUCAGAGAAUUGAAUACCUCAGCAUACUCAGCAUUCGGUCGUUAGCACUCGAAGGUGGACCUCCUUAAUGAUAUCCAGUGUGAAUCAUAUAUAUAUUUAUAAAUAAAUUAGGCUAGUUAGUUUGUGUGGCAGCACUGCAAGCAAGACAUAGAUAGAUGUAACUACGCGUUUCCUGUAUGUAUUUAGUUUGAAUAUGCCUCAGUUAUCCUAGGUUUAUGGUUAUCUUCAAUCGGAGAUGAGCACAGGCUCUACAAGAGUCGCUACAACUUGCCUUAUGACCAACAAUAUAUGUGUUAAUUUAGUAAUUUUCUACCUCAAUUAAUUUAAAUGUAAUUUACUUGGAUAUUUAUUUGUAAGCUCUUAACCGCGCUCUAUCCAAUGUGUAACUUAUUUCACUUGGCUUGUUUUGAGUGUUUUAGCUACCCUUAAUAUGAGAUCUAUUCUAAUUACUCACGAGUAACCUAACUUAGCAUAUAGCAAGAGAUUGGUUGAGGCAGAUGAUGUGAAUAAAACGAAAUAAAAGUAAAUGCGAGCAUUUUUGGUUUUCUUAGUUUUAGUUUGUAACUUUCGGUUUUAGACACUUUUUCCCUCCUCUCGCUCUCGCCCCGAUUUUGGCGCAGGGAGAGUGCAAUAGAUUGCAUUUUCGUAGGCUUAAAAUGCAUUUAAGGCUAAUGCAAGUUGAUUAAGUCGUUAGUUUAAAAUAUAUUAGUUAAAAGUCGUUACAUAAGCAAUAUAAGUAGACAUCCAUGUGCUUAGAAAGUUAUAUACAUAUUUAUUGACAUUACAAUAAAGCCCCGUUAUAAAGACAA